AUGUCAUACGCUAACGUUGCUGCAAAUGGCUCCAGUCCAAAACCUGAACAGGCCCCAGAAACUUCAAGGCCGUCCUCGUCAUCUACCUCAACAUCUGUCUCCGAGGUAGCCGCUGCAGACUCUGAAAAGACUGCUGAAACCACUCAGGAGGAACAACCUGCCUCUUCGGCUGGCGCCAGUGCUCCUGGCGCCACUUCUUCCACGGCCACUCCAAAGAAGGAGAAAAAGUCCUUGGCUCCAGCUCCCGUGCCCACGAAAUCUGUUUGGGGUGCUUCUGCUUCCAACGACUCUACUGCUGUCGACGAACACAAGUGGCCCACUCCUGACAAGGCUCCUGUUCUUCUGCCCUUGGCCCAGCCUACCAACAAGGCUGCUGCCAAGUUCAUCAAGCCUAACAAGUGGGUUCCUAUUAAUGCCAAGGUCGUUUUGCCUUCUCCCAGAAACCAAAACUCUGGAGCCGGUGGCCAACAGAAAUCCAAGAGAAAGAACAAGGCCAACCGCAAGAAGACCGUUGGUGCCAAUGAGGGUUCUGCUCAAGAUGACUCCGUCAAAAGAGAUGACAAGGUUAAGAGAGAGGAAGACGAGAUUAAUGCUCAAAAUGAAUCUCUAAAAGAACCUUCUGCUGAAGACCCAGAAGGUAACGCCCAGGGCUACAACCAAGAUAGAAAGAGGUAUAGUGCCAGCUCUGCCUCUGGGCAAAGUCCAGCUCAGCAGGGCCAAAAGCUCAACAGAAAGUUCACCCCUCAGGCUCAGCCAGCUCAGAAUGGCAAGCCCUCUCAGCAGAACCGUCAACAACAGAAUGGCUACUACCCUCCUUACGGCAACAACCAGGCAUACAACAACUUCAACGGUCAAAGGCAAUACAGACCUUCUAAUGCCGGUCAAUACAGAAGAAACAACAGUUCUGGCAACAUUCAAAAUGCCUACCCUAACGGUUACCGCGGCCCAAUGGGUAUGCCAUUUGUGCCUCAGAUUCCUCACCACCCUAUGCCACAUGGUAUGAUUCCAGGUAUGCCAUAUGGUGCUCCAGUCCCCGUCCAGAUCCCUCCACCAAUCAGCCCCAAACAGGAGCCUCUGCAAGCCUUGACGCAACAAGUCGAUUACUACUUCUCGCUAGAGAACUUGCUCAGGGACAUUUUCUUGAGAAAGAACAUGGGCACUGAAGGUUGGAUCGAUUUGGAUGUGAUUCUCAGCUUUAAGAGAGUCAAGAUCAUCACUAAUGGCAUUCUGAACGCGUUUGAAGUCUCUGACGAGGCACAGCGUGCUGAAUUAUUGGACCAGACUAUUUUGGCAGCUGUCCAGAGAUGUAACAAUGUUGAGCUUGGAUACUUGAAUGGUAAGGACAGCAACAAUGCUACUGCUACUGAAGUUCAGUUGAGAGUCAAGAAUAACUUUGAGCAAUGGUUGUUGCCUGACAACGUCCAGUUAUGA